UAAAUUCAUAAAUAAAUAAUUAACUUGAAACACGUAUUAACGAAAACAAAAUAAUAUUUAUCUGGCUAAUCGUUGCUCCUGCGUCCUUGUAAGCGUGAAACGCGACAAGAAGCUAAUUAAUGACGUGUCCGAGGUCUUAUCAAAGACUCGUUUCCGCAAAUUGUCAGCAUUCAGUCAUGCAGCAUUUCUUUUGGUGCAUCGGUCUCGCAGAAAAAAAAUCAAAAAACCGCAAUAAUAAAAAUGAAAACAUAGCGUUUCUCGUUAUGGAAACUGUCGAACGAGUUUCUAGGGUGAAAAUAACGAACGUUUAAAAAUUUAUUUCAGAUCCUCCGUCGAAUGAUCGUUCUCGAUGAUUGAAAAAUCGGUUUUAACGUGACGAAUCGUUACUUAAUGACGCACCGUGUCGUUUUAUCGCUCAGCCGUUUCCGCGGAAUGCCGCAAUAUCCUUUCGAGUCGUCAGAAUAAAAGUAAAUCGUGAUCCAGUGUAAGGUUAAUAAUAAUGGCACGCUGGACGUUUCUUCUCCUUUGGUUUCGACUGUUUUCGAUCGUGUUUUCCGAGUACAAGGAUUCGGAGAGUCUAUGCGCGUCUCAGCAGACUUGCAGAAGCUGCGUGCAAACACCGCGAUGCGUUUGGUGCUCCACAAAGUUGAGCGACGCGAACACCAACGCUGUGAUUCGUUGCGUGACGAGAAAACAAUAUCUGAAGGAGGGUGAUCGAUGGUGUCCACAUAUCGACGUGGUGGACGACGCAAACUCGAUGAAAGUGAUCGAGAACCGAACGUUGUCCUCAAAGAAAGGCACCAACCCUGUUCAAGUUCAGCCUCAAAAAAUCAGCCUGAAACUUCGUCGAGGAAAGUGCGAAGAAUACCGGGUGACCGUGAAGUACAGUCAAGCGGACGACUAUCCCGUAGAUUUGUAUUAUCUUAUGGACUUGUCGUUCUCCAUGAUGGAACACAGGAACCGAUUGUCGGAAUUGGGAUUCAAAUUGGCGGAGGCUAUGAGGAAACUCACCUCGAAUUUUCGUCUAGGAUUCGGUAGUUUCGUCGACAAAGUUGUGAUGCCUAUGACCAACGUGCAACCAGAAAAGUUGAAACAACCGUGCGCUGCUCUCAAUAAAGUAUGCGCUCCUUCUUACGGUUACCAGCACCAGAUGUCGCUCAACGAAGACAUCGCUCUGUUCAAAACUCGCGUAAAACAGGCGCCCAUAUCCGCAAACGUAGAUACACCGGAAGGUGGUUUCGACGCCAUGAUGCAGGCUAUAGUGUGCACCAAGGAAAUCGGUUGGCGACAGAACGCACGACGCCUCAUUGUCUUCUCGACAGACGCCGUGUCGCACUUGGCUGGGGACGGUAGACUCGCAGGGAUCCUCGAACCCAACGAUUGCCUUUGCCACUUGGACGAGAAAGGAUUUUACUCGUAUUCUCUUCUGCAAGAUUACCCCUCCAUUGCUCAAAUUAACAAUAUGGCGCGCGAAAACAACAUGAACAUCAUCUUCGCGAUUGUCAAGGGCGCGGAGGAAGCGUAUCAGCAGCUCAGUGGAAGCAUCAGCGGUUCCUCCAUCGGGACACUCGACGACGAUUCGAAGAACAUAGUCACUCUCAUCAGUGGCGAGUACGAGAAACUGGUGCAGUCCGUGACGAUGCUGGACAACGCGACGAAGAUGGUUGAUGUGAAGUACUUCUCCAGAUGCUUGGAGAACAAUGGGGAAUUGAAGGAGAGACGAGAAUGCGGAGGAUUGCGCGUCGGGAACGUCGUCGAGUUCGAAGUAGCGUUGAAGGCGCUCGAUUGUCCAGAGGAUCCCGACGAGUGGCGACAAACCAUAGAGAUAAAACCUGGGGGCAUAAAGGAGAGCCUGACGAUCGACCUGAGCAUCGUUUGCGAUUGUUCUUGCGACAGGCCAGGACAAUCGGGAAACGAGCCUAAUUCCAAGUAUUGCAAUGGCCACAGCGACCUGGUUUGCGGUGUGUGCUCCUGCCAGGACGGUUUCUAUGGGAAGCAAUGCGAGUGCAAGGGAAACGACUUUGGGGCCAGGAACGAGAUCGACAUGGCGGAAUGCAAACCCAACAACGAGACCAAUGAAAUUUGUAAUGGUCGUGGAGUCUGUAAAUGUGGCAUGUGCGAUUGCGACAAGCGAUCAAAUCCUCAGGAGAUCUUCUAUGGGAAGUACUGCGAGUGCAAUAAUUUCUCCUGCAAACGCAGCGAUGGACUGAUUUGCGGCGGGCGAGGGAAGUGCGAAUGCGGUACUUGCAAUUGCUUUCCAGGAUGGGGCGGCGAGACUUGCGAUUGCAAAGAGACGAACAGCACAUGCAUACAGAGCAACAGCGAGCACGGGGAUAUUUGCAAUGGACGCGGUGACUGUGUCUGCGGUAGCUGCCACUGUCACGAGAAGGACAACGUGCGAUACUCUGGCCAAUACUGCGAGGAAUGCACCACCUGUCCUGGACAAUGGUGCGAGAAACUGAAAGAUUGCGUGGAAUGUGUGGCUCAUAAUACUGGCCCAUUGGCCAAAAAUGAAAGAUGCAACGAGUGUCCACACCAAAUUGAUAUUGUCGACGCCAUCACAGAUAAUCCACUCGAAGAUCAGAAGAGUGAAGCUCACAUUUGUCGGACAAACGGCGAAGAAGGCUGUAUAUUCAUUUUCAAGUACCAAUAUUACAGAGACAGUACAGGAGGUGAAAAGAUUUUUAAAAUUCUCGCUGAGAAGGGGAAAACGUGUCCCACGCCAAUCAAUGUCGUCGGUAUCGCUGCCGGGUUGAUGGUGAGUACAGUGAUUUUGGGUUUCCUGAUUCUUCUCAUUUGGAAGAUAUGGACGACCAUUUACGACAGACGCGAGUACGCGAAGUUUGAGCAGGAACGAGCCUUGGCCAAAUGGCAUCGUGACGACAAUCCGCUCUACAAGCAGGCCACGUCGACCUUCAAAAAUCCAAUGUACGACGAGGUUGCUCAUAAUUAGGCGAAGAGGAUCGUGCAAUAAGAAGAUUCGAGGGAAUAGAAUUUCGCUGCAUCGACAGGCACGCGACCCAACAGGUAGCGCCACGGUAAACGCUCGAAGCGAAUCAACGUGGACGCCAUGUUAGUUAAUUGCUGGUGCUGGUGAGAAGAGGAGGACCGGUCGACGAGAAACCUCUCAUUGUUCCUUUUCCUGCUUCCUCACUCGCCGUUAGUUAAACCACCGGUCUACCAGCCAUCCAAUUCAUUUUUUUUUUCUGCCAAUUUCCUACAAAACAUUUUUCUUACUUCGUAUCUGGAAAUUCCAUCCUUCAGCUCAUUGGGGAAAAUUGAAUAAAGUUGAUGGGAAUUUUCAUCGUGAUAAACGACGAACGAAUAAAUGCAAGUUAUAAUUACAUUACCGUCGUUCUCAGAGGCUGUUUAUCGAGUCAUGGUAAUGUUUUUUUUUUAUCACUUGCACUUGCACAAUGUACUGAUCUAUGAGAACGUUAACUCAGAGUUUGUCGAGUCAUCCGUAUAAUGCAUUAUUGGUUCUUUUACCGUCGAGGUUCCAGUUAUUAGCGUCGAUGGAAACGAGCGUUUCGAAAGAGCGUCGUAACGUUACAUAAAUUUAGAAAGGCGGUAAAUUUCUAUUUGCAAGCGUUGCUUCGAACGCUUAGGAGCGAAAAUUUCGAUCUCGAUCGGUGAGACUUCGAGGCUGCUUCGAGAAAUCGCACAAAAGAUCGAAAUCUCUCGAUCGACGGUAAAAGGAGAUUGCAUCGGCCAGGGAAAGUAAACAAGCUCGGAAACUGGAUUUAGCGCGAAGUUUCCGAUCGAAAUCUAGAUCGAUCAAUAUGCAUUACACAAAUUGUGCUGUGCGAACGGAAUAUUAAUAAUUCCUGGAAUGACUAGCUGCACAAAUUGCAGUACGAGUUUUGAAUAGUUUUGAAUAGUUUUUAAGAGUUUUAAAUAAAGAUAAUUUUUUUUCUGCGUUUUUUUAGUAGCGUAAAUUAAAUGUAGAUGGCGAGAGGAAUUUCUAGUAUAUUAUCUAGGGUUUAAUUUUGUGUACUUUUUGUCAUAUAUGUAUUUAGGGUCCCUAGGGUUGGAAGAGGAUGUGAUAUUCUUCAAUUUUGAUAUUAUUUAUUGUUUUAUGUAAUUUGUUUGUAUUCGUAUUGAUUUAACCUUCCUUUUUAUUAGGUCCAAUGAUCCUGUAUUUGUGUACAUCUUA